UCUUAAUCUUCAGCUAUGAUAAAAUAUCACUUACGGUUUAGGAAAGAUGCGAGCAGAGCCGCCGGAGUGGCCCGGGAUGAUAUCACCUACAGCCAGAGGUGUCAUAUCACACAAGCAUCUACAUGUGAUAUGAUUAUUGAGUGAUUUAAAAUUGUGGCUUAUGAUUUCAUGAUGCGUUUAGCAUCGCCAUUGCGUCUAUGACGUCGCUGACGUCAGUGAUUUGUCUGAAUUGAAUAAUAAAUGGAAGAUACGGCGAGUAUUUCUGUGAGAAUUGAGUUCUGUAUUCAUUAUCAAAAUUCAACUUUCAAGCUACCUAUCACAUAACUUAUAACCAUCACACGAAUACACAAAAUGGCACCUUCAUCAGAGACUCUACGCAACAUUGCCGACCAGGCCGAGCGUGACCUAAAUAGCUACGAGGCCAAGACCGGUGCUAACAGGACCUCUCGUAACGACGAGGCCGGUGUGGACACGAGAGUAGAGAAGAAGUUCCCCGGCGCCGACGUGCGCUAUGACACAGACUUAUCCACCAACGCCAGCUACAACAAGCGAAUUCCGCCCGAGGAAGGCGGAGAUGUAGAUUCUCGUGGCCGACAAACCCGCGGGGAGCAUUUCGAAGGCGUCGGCGGCCCCGAAAACAAACUCGCGCGGGAAGCGCGGGACUUCGGCGGCGACGACGAGUUCAACGCAGCCGGUAGCCAGCGCCGGGAAGUCGGGUCGUCGGACGUGACGGAGUCGACUGGUGGAUCCGGGCGGAGCGACGCGUUCGCCCAGGGCAAGGAGGCCGUGCAGGCGAAUAUCGAGGGUACUAAGUAUAACCCGCGCAAGGACCACGUCAAGGGGUCUAAUUACUAUACACCCGAGAGCGUGCCGGGCAGCAUCUCGGCUGAGGGAUACGAGGCCCCGGAGAGCGUGAUUCAGAGCUCGAGGGAGGCGGAGAGGUAUGAAUAGGGGGAGGAGCGGAUGAUGCAUUAGUACAUUAGCUCCUUUUAUUGACCAUCGAUGAUAGAACGAGUCAACCCAUAGAACAGCCGGAACUGAUAAACAGCGGUAAUACGCUUCAUGGUAGAUGUAUUAAUGCUUUAGAGCUAUUGCUUUUCGAAGCCUUGAAAUGACAGUUGCUUCGUAAAAGCUCAAUCUAUUAUAACUAUGCCAUGGUAUGACU